AUGGAGAUCAACCUAGAACUCGGUAAUGAAGUUCUUGAACGACAGCUGUCUGUCUCCAAUACAAGUAUUACCGGAGCGUCUAGAGGUAUCGGGAAAGCGGUUGCCCUAGCUUUAGGCAAAGCUGGUUGUAAGAUUUUGGUUAAUUAUGCAAGAUCGUCUAAUGAAGCAGAACAAGUCUGUAAACAGGCAGUUGAUGCGUGGGGGACUAUUGAUGUAUUGGUCAACAAUGCAGGGAUUAUAAAGGGUGGUUUGUUGAUGAGGAUGAAGACAUCUCAAUGGCAGGACGUUAUUGAUUUGAAUUUCACUGGUGUAUUCCUAUGUACACAGGUUUUGUUCAUCGCUCUGCCAAAUACCCCAGUAGGGGACGAUAUCAAUGUCAUUCUAACUCAACGAUCAUCGAAACUGUCAUCUUACUCUGGGCAAGUAUCUUUGCCAGUAGGUAGAGCCAACGAAGAGGAUACAGAUGAUAUUCAAAUCGCGUUGAGGGAUGCUGAAGAAGUAGAAUCAAUAUUCUAUGCUCCUUUGGAAAUGUUUCUCAAGCUGCCUCCAUAG